UGUAAGAAAAUUGUGAAUUUUGUAGGGUUAUGAUGCAAUAUUUAUAAAAAACGGUGUUUCUUUAUUGAAAUUAAUGAUAAAGCUGGAUAAAGGUGUUUAGAAUGCAUAAAUUACUGGAAUUCCAAGCAGUAGUGUUGGCUGCAGGGAGGGGUUCUCGGCUGCCAGAUGUCGGCGGAUCGGUAUCAAAGUGUCUGUUACCGGUAGGGCCUUAUCCAGUCCUUUGGUACUCACUAAACUUACUCGAAAAAAUAGGUUUCCAAGAAACUCUUGUGGUAGUCCUCGAUGAAGACAAAUCUAACAUCCUAAAUGCAUUAGAAAAAUGUCCAUUAAAAAUUAAGUAUGAGUUAAUAGUUAUUCCAUCGGAUGAAGACUGGGGCACAGCAAACUCACUAAAGCACAUUAGCAGCAGAGUGACAACUGACCUUCUUGUCAUCUCCGGAGACCUUAUCACAAACAUCAAUCUUAAUGAAGUAUUGAAUGUUCAUAGAAAGUAUGAUGCAGCACUCACUACUUUAUUCUUCAACAAUGGUCCAGAAGAAUGGAUAGAGCUACCGGGCCCAAAAACCAAGGCAAAGCCGGACCGAGACUUAGUUUGUAUUGACAAAGAAACACAGAGGCUUGUCUUCUUAGCAAGUGCAAGUGACUUUGAAGAAAAUGUUACCAUACCUAGAAUUUUGGUAAAGAAAUUUGAUGCCAUUAGCAUGUAUAGCAGACUGUUAGAUGCUCAUGUGUAUGUCAUGAAGCAAUGGGUGAUUUCUUAUUUAGUGGAGUGUGAUAGAUUCACAUCAGUAAAAGGAGAGCUUAUACCCCAUAUUGUCAAAAAGCAAUUGUCCAAGCCUAAAAACCCAGCAGAGAAAAAAGGAACUUCUGAGAAAAAUGUUGAAAUUACAAAAGAUAUAUUUGACUUUGCUGUGGAGAGUGGGUAUGAGAGUAAGAUAAGAGGAAUGACGGCAUUCAAUGAUCAUAUGCUUGGUAGCAAAGGUAUCUUCUACAAUGAUCUAUUAAGAUGUUACGCUCAUAUUCCAAGUAAAAACACAUUUGGUAUCCGAGUGAACACUCUUUCGUCCUUUUAUUUAUCUAACAAUAAGAUUUUAUCAAAAUGGGAACAAUUAACAGGACUACCUCUAACUGACAGAAUCCAUCCAGACAGUGAAGUGAAGACAAAACAAAUUGAUGAAUCAAGUACAGUGGGUGAAAAAAGUAUUAUCAGUGAGAAAACUUCUAUCAAAAACACAUUUAUUGGUGCUAACUGUACUGUUGAGAACAAAGUGAGGCUGACUAACUGUAUCUUGAUGAAUAAUGUCACAAUUAAAGAAGGUUGUGUGCUUCAAGACUGUGUUUUGUACACCGGUGCGACGGUAGAUACCGGUUGUAACCUCCAGUACUGUCUUGUCGGCCCACACCAUGAGGUGGCGGCAUCUACGUCCAGCAAUCACCAGCUACACGCCGAGACUACCGACAACAUGAUCACGCUGGGUUAACAAAUACUCAUUGUACAAAUAAAAGAUUUAUAUACUUAUAAAA